AGGCUGUAGAUUAUAAACCCGCGCGCACACGCUCCAGUUUAUUGAUUCUAACGCAGUUCAUGAUCUUUUCAUAUCGCAUCCAAACAGUUUUCACACUGAACGAAUCGCGUCCUAGUAAAAUGGCAGCUCAGCUUUUCCAGAUUGCUGUGUAUGAUCUUAAUGGAUGUUUUGAGAUGAAUGUGUUCCAGGACGGCUCUGAAGAACACCUCAGACAGUCGCUUGCUGCUAACGGCUGUUACAACAUCCAGAUCUUCAGCGUUCAGUUGGACGACAUCUCGGAUGAAAAUCCUUUAGUAUUGGCCUUUCGCCUGCUAGAACAAGACGGAUCUUACGGUCCAGAAUUCAUGAAGAUGGAGUUGAGCGGCCGCUUGUUAAAUCGGACUGAUGGCAAAGGGGUGGAAAUUUAUGUGCGGUUACUAGAUGACCUCACAGCAUCAGUCAUAUGCAGAGGAACAGAAACCACGCAGACCUCAGGAACAAAAGCACUGAAGGACGUCUUCUGUGAUUUGAACGUUCCCUUAUCGAAUCAAGGAGUCAUCGCGGUGGACUUGGGCAACAUCUUGGACUUGGACGGCAGCCCAACACAGGAGGUGUCCAGAGAUGAGAGCGACUGCUCAGACAAUGAUUCACAGGAGGAGGUUUUCUAUGAUGCAGUAGAUCAGCUGUCAUCAUGUGAUGAAUCGGACCUCCCUGAAGAGAGCGAGACUGACAUGUUCUAUGAUUGCUACGAGGACCUCAGUGAAGAUCAGGCCGUCGAAAGUUGCGCAACGGAAGCUCAGACGUCAUCAUUGACCGAAACUGACCUUGCUGUAGAGAUAUGGAUGAGUGAGGACGGGCUUACAGAUGACGGAAAACAAGAAAGUUUUGUAGCUGUACAAGAUAAAGGCACCGGGAUCAGCGGCAAGACCCAAGAUCCCUGCGGCUCACAGAUCCACUCUUCUGGCAUUGAUUUCUUGAUUUCUUUUAAUGAUAAACUGGAGUUCUUCCGUUCCAAAGUGUUUCAGCGAGCUGAGAAGAGACAGAAAGAGGACAACAGAGAAGACCUCACAGAUGGCAUACGGAUGGAAACUCUUCCAGUUGUGUCUGAUUUCUGCACAUCAUCUUUGUGUGAAGACAAUAAAAACACAGCGAUCUGCAGCUUACAGAUCAACUCGAUUGAUCCCAAGUCAGUGGAAGAGACUCUUCCUGUUAAAUAUGAUUCAUCAUCGGAGGACGAAAAUGAGGACUUAGGAAUGUCUCCUCAUGAGACCGAAAGAAAGCGUUUGCAGAGCUGCGCAUCUUACCUCCCGGAUGUAAUCACUGAGGACCCCACUUCCUCAUCUCAGUCUGAAGCAGAUGUUGUGGGGGAGAAGAAAAAAUAAAAAAAGAUGAGAAAAAGGGACAGAGCUCUCUUCGGUAGAAUGUGGAAGGUAGUACAUCAGCCCUGGUCUAACCAGUCUAGCCCAUCAUGACAGCUUUUAUAAUAUUUUCAUAUUUUUAUACCUUAAUCUUCAUAUUUUUAAACCAUAAUUUUCAUAUUUUUAUAC